UUCAGAUCAAUGCCUCCCUAAUUAUUUUUAUUAAUUUUAUUUAAGAAGCUAAUUUAUUUUUAAGCUGGAAAAUUAAAUUUAAGGUGUCAAAGUAAUGGAAAUACCUGUUAUUUUUGUAAUUAUUCCGGUGGGAUUAAUUUUCCUUCUUUCAGGCCUCAUUAUUAAUCUCAUUCAGGCUAUUCUUUAUGUCUUAGUUCGACCCCUGUCAAAAGAUAUGUAUCGGAAAUUUAACAAAGUAGUAACAGAACUAUUAUGGUUGGAGACUGUUUGGCUCUUUGAUUGGUGGGCUGGCGUGAAGGUGGAGCUGCACACUGAUUCUGAGACAUUUCCUCUUUCAGGUAAAGAACAUGCUCUUCUUAUCUCCAACCACAGAAGUGACAUUGAUUGGCUUAUUGGAUGGGUUUUAGCUCAGAGAGCAGGUUGCCUUGGUUGUACUAUGGCUAUCAUGAAGGAUGUCUUAAAGUAUCUUCCGGUUAUUGGUUGGUCAAUGUGGUUUUCUGAGUACAUCUUUGUCAAAAGGAAAUGGACUGAAGAUCAAAGCAUCCUAAAGUCAGGCUACGAGAAAUUGAAGGAUUUUCCUUUUCCCUUUUGGUUGGGCCUCUUUGUUGAAGGAACUCGCUUCACACACCCAAAACUGUUAGAUGCUCAGCAGUUUGCUAUUUCAAAAGGAUUAGCUGUCCCCAGACACGUUUUGCUUCCUCGUACAAAGGGUCUUAUUCUAGCUGUAAAUCAUUUGCGUUCAUUGGUUCCAGCAGUAUAUGAUGUUACCUUCACUGUAGCAAGAGAUAAUUCCCCGCCUUCAUUGCUAACUUUACUAAAGGGCAAAUCUUCUGUGGUAAAAGUGCAAGUUAAGCGGCAUUUGAUGCUUGAAUUGCCCGAAACAAGCGAUGAUAUUGCACAGUGGUGUACAAACUUGUUUGUGGCCAAGGUGAGGAGACUAGGAGCUAUAGUUAGAACCAACAAAAUUAGAAGCACCCUAAAAUAAUGACAACUUUGACAAGAAAGAAUGGGGAGAGGGUAUUCUGCUGGCUCGUAAAAUGAGUAUCAGUCUGCAUUCUAAUUUCUUCUUAUUUUAGGAAGGUAAGAAAUUAUGAAUCUCACUAGGGAAAGGGAGUGAAGGGGAAGUAUAUCCACAAGUGAACAUGGGAGGUUAAUCCCCAGGGGUACGGCUACAAGGUGGCGGAAGAGAUCUUCUCAUUUGAAAUUUUGGAUAGAGUUAAAAUUAUUCUAUCUCUCACGAUUUACACCGUAAAAUUAGGUAAAUAGGUUUAGGCAUAAGCUAGCUUCACACUUAACCAUUAAUAGUAUAGCGAAUAAUGUUGCUGAUUUUAUAUUGCCACUCUUCUCAAAUCACUUCUUUGGCUUUAAAUUGCAUCCAUUUUGGAAGGAUGUGAAAAGUAAUAUAACAUGAAACAUAAUUACUCAUAGAUUGGAACACAAUAUGAUACUGUUUUUCAACUGUUCUCCUGGAAACCAUGCUCUAAAAACAUUUUAUUUGAGUUGCAUACUUGUGAAUUUUCAUUGAAACAAAUAUUUAACUUAAAUAAUUCUUAUCAAGAAAUUUUCCAAAAUAGAAAAGAUAACUAGAAUAUCCUCAGUUGAUUAUUGUGAGGCUGUUUGAUGUGAAUCUUGUGUCCUUUGAACUCCACCACCAGGAUGCAUUUUUGGAUAAUUACUUUUCAGGUGGAAGUUUUGGCAACGAGGAAAUUCAAGAUCUUGGUCGACCAAUGCAAUCAUUAACUGUGAUGAUUGUUUGGUCGUGUUUGGUUAGCAUGGGUGCUUUCGGAUUCUUGUUAUGGACCAUCCUUUUCUCAACUUGGCAAGGAAUAUUAGUAUCAGCUGUGUUUCUGCUACUUGUUAUAGUCACCAUGCAGAUCCUCAUUCUGUUCUCACAGUCCGAGCCUAAUAUUGAUUCUAUGCCUAUCACGAUACUGCCACAAGAUCCAAUGAAAGAGAUUCUUCUUCAAAGUUGAACAGAUUAUUCAGAACAAAGAUUGAAAAGUUGGCCAUUCAUUUAUAUUGGUUUAUUUUUUUGUUCAAACAAAUUAUUUUUAGGCUUCACCAUCUUAUUGUUGUACACUCUCUCUAAAGUUCUUGUUCGGAUGGUGACUGUUUAAAAAAAAAAAAAAAAAGUCAAAUCAUGAAGAACUUCUCAAGACGAAAGCUAGUGUUAAUAUAAAACACUGAGAAAUACACAUAUGUAUACAAUACGGAGUAGUUGGUAAAGUUCUUAAUUUGUAUAAGCUGUUUGAAGAGUUGUAUAGGUUGAUCAAGUAUUGCUUAAGACCUUAAUGCAUUUUCUUGUGUUCUUAAUUAAUUUAUUACGUUGUGUUGUUACGGCUUUUGAAGUUUGAAAAAGAAAUCUUUUAAUUCUUACUUCGUUUUAUCAGUGGCGGACCCAAUUAAGUGACAUGGGGGACAG